UCAAUUGGGGAUCAAGCACAUGUUGCAAUCCUCUUAACUCAGAUUGGACCGGAAUAUGCGUUGAUAGUUGACGCCAUCCAAAGUGACAAGGAUCCGGUCAAUCCCGCCACGAUCGGGAAUCGGCUUGCAAAUACCGAACGGACAGUCUCAGCAAAGAAUUCUCCAAUUCCUCCGCGCGGAGCGCCGUCAGUCAAUACGGUGAAGACGUCCGUCAAGAAAUGGAAUUACUGCAAGAAACGAGGCCAUGAAGUCUCGAAAUGUUGGAAAAAAAACCCGCAUUUGCGCCCUCAGAAGGACGGCGGAUUCAAAACAGAAAGGAGUGUUUCCGGGUCGCCACGAAAUGAAUCAUAUCAAGGCCAGGGAGAAAAACGGCAGGGCCCACCUGCUUCUAAUAAGAGACUGAGGAUCAACAUUGUGAGGGCGAGAGUGACGAGUCUCUAUACCCACGCGCCGAAUCCACGGUGGAUACUCGACUCUGCUGCCACUAGCCAUAUUUGUUGGGACCGGGAGUGCUUUAGCAGUUUCCGAACCCACUAUGAGAUGCUAGACACAGCGGGAGAUCCAGUUGAAGCCGAAGGCAUUGGCACCGUUAAGCUUACCCUCAAGGGGAAAUUCAGCCGAGCCCUGAUCCUUAAGAAUGUCUACUACGCUCCACGGAUCGGAAUGAACCUGAUCAGCGUACCAAAGCUCUUGAGGGAUCGCUAUUCUAUGGUAGCGCACCCACAGAACGUCUUUCUGCAACGCCGAGGACGAACUAUUGGGACUGCCUUCCAUAGAGAAGAAGAUCUAUUGAUCUUGCGAUGCCGUGUGAGUAAAAGAUCUAGACCUCAGGUCCAACUGGCUAGGUCAUCGUCCAACUAUAACCAUGAAAUGGAUAUCGAUGAACCAUUAGAGUCAAGUAGUGUACCGUGCGCAGUGACUACCUCUGAACUCAAUGGUGAAGCUCGGAUACUCGAGGAAGAUGCAAGCAUAGGAGUUGACCAGAUCCCUGAAGAAGCACUCUGGCAUGCUAGAUUAGGGCAUCUAAACCGAGGAGACCUAAGGACGGUCCUUUCUCAAACUGGCACUCCGUACCGGCAACAGACAAAUGCAGAACUGCAGGCAACGCCGCAGUGUCCGGCUUGUAUGUCGGCGUCUAUCUUUAAGAAAACACCAUACGAAGCCCUCUAUGGCCAGCCUCCUAAGCUGACUCAUCUCCGGCGGAUCGGUUCCCGUGCAUGGGUUUUGAUCCCAAAAGAACAAAGAGACAAAAUCAGACUACGAUCCUCUGAAUGUCGGCUAUUAGGUUACUGCGAACCUAACCAAUACAAGCUCUAUGAAAUUUACUCAGGCAGGGUAGUAUUCUCUCAUGAUGUCGAGUUCGACGACCAUGACACUUUGGCUAAUGGCCUCUCUCAGCCAGUCCUUCCUAAGCUAACAGGGUCUGUACGGGCUUCAGAGCCAUUAACACCGCCGCUAUUACCUUCUGGCGACCAACGGGAGCAAUAUUCUGAGCUAUCAGAUUUGUCUAAUCAGCAUAAUGAGCCUAUUCGAUCUGAACCACCUCCGCAGCCUAUCAAUCCAACCGUCAGGGAUGCACGAGAGACACAUGAUCUAGGGUACUCGCUCUACGGACGAAAACGCAAGCCUUCACAAAGACUCUUAGAAUCUCUUAGCAAAGCCUAUGCUGUGUCUCCACUACUGGCUUCAUCUAUCUCUAUCCAUCCACAUCAGUACAUCCAGAAAAUUCUCUCUGACUUUUGCAUGGAGGGCUGUCAGCCGAAGAGCACGCCUAUGAGUCUUAAAGCACUGCUGAAUCCACGACCAGACGAAGGAUAUCUUGACGAUAAUGCAAAAGGGUGUUACUGCUCUGCGGUUGGUGCACUAAUGUAUCUAAUGGUCGGAACCCGACCAGAUAUUGCUUUUGUGCUUGGGACGUUGAGUCGUUUCACAUCCCGUCCACAAUUGCACCAUCAAGCAGAGCUACAACGCUUUUUGAGAUAUCUCAAAGCCACUCAAACAUACCAGAUCACCUACCGGACGGGACAACUGAUCGGUUACACUGACGCCGAUUUCGGUGGGUCUGUGGUUACGGAUGGUGCCUACUCCACGUCUGGAUAUAUAUUUCAACUAGCAGGAGCACCAAUAUCCUGGUCCUCCAAAAGACAGAGGGAAAUCGCCACAUCUACUACUCACGCUGAAUACAUUGGUCAAUACAAUGCCAUUCUCUAUCUACUGUGGCUUCGGACGUUCCUUGCCGAAACCAAGCUAUUUCAGUGA